CUUCCUUCUGGGAUGUCCUUGUUCCUCAAUGGCCCCUCCUGGGGUGGCUUCGUCGCAGGUGCUAACCUGCACUCAGCUGGCACCUCCCCAGUUAUGCAGCACUGCUGGCAAAUUGCAGACUGCCUUGGUGAGCACUUGCACCGUCUCUGUUGGCUGUAUCUCAUAGGCCACACAGACUUACAAAUCUUCAAAACAAGUUUGAGGUCACUUCCUAUUUCCCACUGAGCCCAAGGGCUGCCUCUCACUCCCUGUCGUCCCCUUACAACUCAGGGGUCUGGGUACCCUCAGAACAACUGGUCUUUCUAAUAAAGACUAAAGCAGAAAAGGCACGAAGCACGUCAGCAUCCUCCCCAUCUGCGCCCCAGGCACAGAAGAGCUGGAGCUGGACAGAGAUUGGCAUCGUAAAGCCAAUAGCCUUGAUGAAAAGCAGCACCUUUACUACUGCUUUCACAGCAGAGUGAACAUAAUGGAGAUGACUGUGCCAUGCCCAUGCUCCUCAGCCUGACAAACAAAGGGAUAUUUCUCAAGGUUUCUGUAGUGACUUUGCAAUUGCCCUUUGUGCACAUAUGUAGAUGGGUGUGAACACUGAGCUUUCAGCCACAGAGAGUUUGGAAGGUGCAAUCAUGCCCCAACUCCUGACAGAAAGCUUCUCUAUGUGACAUAUGGCUGUCAGAGGGCCUGUGGGACAGGAUACACCAAUGGCCUUUCACCACACUGAAAAAUACUGCUUCUGUUCAUCCUAAAGCUCAGACCGUGCAAGAACGUUCCACCCCUCUACAGCUGAGCCUUGGGGACAGCAGCUUGUGACAAGACUCCACUGCCACCCCAGCAAGGCUGACUGUUCUCUUCUAGGUGUGUUCAUGCCAGGCUGGACUAUGACCCCUGCUAAAAGAAUGCUUGUUUAGGAUUUUAUAAUGCAGCGUGAGGCCCCUGAGCAAAGUCAACAGUAUAACAUUACAGCUCCAAAACAAUGGAAAGGUUCAAAACCAACAUGACACAGCAGAAACAGGAGAGAUGAAAGAGCUGGUUGUGGCUUUAUCUGGUUCUGAGGCACACUGAACUUUUCUAUCACACUGUGGAAAACCAUGGAAGACAAUUCUGCCAAAGCGGAGUGCAUUCUUUUGCACACUCCUGGGCACAGCAGGGCUUUGGAGCAGUUCUGGCAGCCUGGAUGGGGGGAAGAUGCUCUGCUUGACUCUACCGCCAAGACAACGCAAUGGCAGAAGCCAAUAUACCUGCACUGUUCAGUGACUACAGCACUGCUCAUCAGCCCGUCAGCCUGUGCCCCUGCCUUUGGACUCAGUGCUCCAAAGAACAACUCUGCCAACGGAAACACUGGACAUGGGGCAUUCGCUUGGAAGAAAGGAAAGCACAGAACACCAACUUGUGGCCAUCUGAGCAACAAUCUGACUGCGACAGACAGGGAAAGGGGAAGAGAUCACCUCAGACUGGUUGAUGCAUGGCUGCGAUCUGCUACACCCAUCUGGCUUGAGAUGCAGGUGCAGCAGCUCAGUGGAAGUCCUGCAGACCCACGGGGCAUCGUGUCUCCUUCCCACUUGCUGCUUCCACUGUCUGCACACAGCAAAGCUUCUCCUGGCCAGGGCUGCUGCUGGCUUCUGAUUUAGGAGGUCAGGCAUCACCAGACAGCCAGAUUGUCCUUAAAAAACAAACAGACUUUGGCCCUUUAGUAAGGCUGGAUCCCAGCCAGGAGCUUCUCCCUGGACAGUUCAGACCAGGCAAGAUUGUACCCAGAAACGAGGGUUUGUGCAGCUCAGUGUGGGUGGGGUGUAAGUCCAGCAAGCUACAAGAAGCAUUUGGGCACUGAGCAAACAAGGUGCGCAGAGCAGAAGCAGGAGAAGCAACAUGGGAGAGCUGCGUGUCCGCUCCGCUCUGGUGACUGGGGCCAACCGGGGAAUCGGCCUCGGGCUCGUCCAGCACCUGCUGGCAUUGCCAAACCCACCUGAGUGGGUCUUUGCAACUUGUCGCGACCCCAAGGGACAGCGAGCGCAGGAGCUGCAGAAAUUGGCCUCCAAGCACCCCAACCUGGUCAUCGUCCCGCUCGAAGUCACCGAUCCCGCCAGCAUCAAGGCGGCCGCAGCCAGCGUCGGGGAGCGCCUCAAGGGCUCGGGGCUGAACCUCCUCAUCAACAACGCUGGGAUUGCAAAGAUAAAUUCAAUUGACAAUGAAACACUGAAGGACAUGGUCGAGGUGUACACCACCAACACCAUCGCACCUCUGCUGGUCAGCCAGGCGUUCCUGCCUCUGCUGAAGAAGGCAGCCCAGGGCAGCAUGGGCUCGGGGAUGAGCUGCAGCAAGGCAGCCAUCGUCAACAUUUCCAGCAUUGGGGGUUCGAUCAAAGAAAUGUUUUCAUGGGACAUUACAAACUGCGUGUCUUACCGGUGCAGCAAGGCUGCUCUCAACAUGCUCUCCAGGUGCCAGUCCAUGGGGUACCGGGAUCACGGCAUCCUCUGCGUCGCUUUCCAUCCUGGCUGGGUGCAGACAGACAUGGGGAACUCAGCAGGACACACGGUAGGAGCUUCCCCACGUUGGGUCCAUGCACAGCCUGUGCUGGUCUCCCACGGAGGCUGCUGUCUCCCGGAGCCCUGCACCAAGGCCCCCUCAGGGUGCUGCUCCGUCAGCACCAUGGCAGCUCUCCCUGCCCUGGGAGCCCUGCGCAGCGCCAGCCCCGGCUCCUGGCAGCCCCGCCGCCCGCCUUCCCAGCUCUCACCCUCCUCCCAGGGCUCUGCUUCCCCCUGGUCCCGGCCGCUGCCUUCCCGCAGCCGGGCUCCAGGGCACAGCCUGGGCAGCCCUUGGGCACACACGCCUGCGUUUCUCCCUCUGCCCUGCAGCCCCCCGUGACGGUGGAUGCGAGCGUAGGAGGGAUGCUGAAGGUGCUCUCCAAGCUCUCCGAGAAGGACAGCGGGUCCUUCCUGGACUGGGAAGGGAACGUUGUGGCCUGGUGAGGUGCUGGCCUGGCCUCGUGCCUGGAUCCUGGCAGUGGCCCCUCUGCUGCUGCCUGAGCACUGCUAAUUCCUCAAUAAACCCAUAUCUGACAACA